AGGUUGCGUAUUAAGAUCCCUCUAAAACCAUCACUAGCAUCACGUUUCGAAAACCAGAGGAAAGUGCUUCAAACCACAACCACGUGCAGUCAAUCGGUCCGAGAAGCCAACCAUAAAAGGUAAAGUGCAUAUCAAUGCCUUUUGAUGCAUCAUACCUAGCUCCAAUAUUACAUGCUUUCAGGCUCGGUUGCAUGUCCCGAGCGACUAUCCGGCUCGAUUGUAAAAGCGCUGACAGGGUCUAGUCCUCCAGAUUCGGACACUGCUAAGGGUGACAAACGUAGAUGCCAACACAUCCGACACAGAUUCCACAAUAUACGGUUCACACGAUUGGCACUCGUUGGCAGCCAAAGACACAGAAGGCCUUCAAUAGAAGGCCUUUUGUUUGCAGCCUUGCAUUUGCCGGUGAAUCGACAUCUGUACGCUCGUUGAGCGAGUAUCGCACGGCGAUCCCAAGCUGGUGGUGCAACUUUGAGGUGCAGGGAAGUCACGGGUGGUGCAGCAGACGAUACGCAUUGUGCGACAUUGAACCGGGUACGACGCAACAAAAGGUAGUGCGACGGAGAGCGUGCGACAUCAAGGAAGUAGCAUCGAUUUGCAGUGUGCAUUCUGCUCGUCCGAGAUUGCCAGGUGAUGCUUCAUGCAACAAAGGCACACUAGCGAAUGUGCGCUGAUAGCGAUAAUGACGAUGCACCAGAUGCAGCAAGGGGCCCCCAUCGAUGCUGAUAAACGACGGACGGAGGAUGAGAAAAUGUAUGUACGUUAGGCAAAGUAGCUGUAAGAACAUUAUGUGAAAUGAAUACUCAAAUGAACCAUUAUUGCCAA